AUGGCGGAAAUUUCUGAACCAAAAAAGUCAAAAUAUUCCAAAUAUGAUUUAAUGCACAUGGGACGUGAAGAUCUUGUUAAUCGUUUCCUGAAUCAACAAAGUCAAGUUGAUGUUGAAUAUUUGAACGACCAACUCAAAAAACUGAAUAAGGAAAUUAUCGAACUGAAAGAUGUCAAUGUCAAGUUCAAGAACAAAAUUAAUGAGCAGAAUUUGAAAGAAGCUAUGCUGGCUGGCAAAUUAGAAAGAAAAGAUCAAGAAAUCAAUGAUCUUCUGGCACAACUACAUGACAUUAAACAACUGCAAAUGCCCAGCUCUGUUCAACUCCAAUCGUGUACUUUGGACCCAGCUGUCAAUGUUGUUAUUCAAAAUUUAACAAAAGAUUUGGAAACCUGUAAAGAUGCACUGAAAUUAGCUCAAGAAAAUUUAGAGGCUUCUAAAUUCACUCCAGACAGCCAGUUAGGCAAAAGAUUAGUAGAAAAAAUAAGAGUUUUGCAAAAAGAAAAUGAAGAAUUAGGACAAAUGAUAAAAACAGGCAGUAUUGCCAAGUUAGAAAGUGAAUUAUCUCUCAAACAAAGUGUUAUCGACUCCUCUAACAUUAUAUUGGAAGGAAUGAAAUCAGAACUUGAAGAAGAUGAGGAAAUCAUUUGUGGAUUAGAAUUGGUAAUUACAAAUUUAACCAAUGAAUUACGACUAUCAGUAAACCAUGUUGAUUUAUUACAACAAGAAUUG